AUGGCGACCGUAGCAGCCAAUUCCAGCAUCCCCCCUAAUCCUACAGUCUAUGUCCGCAACCUCCAAGAACGUAUCAAAAUCGACAACCUCAAAGAAGCCCUGGAAGAGCUCUUCUCCGAAUAUGGCACCAUCGUCGAGAUAAUCGCCAAAACCAACCUCAAGGCCAAGGGCCAGGCCUUUAUUGUCUUUGACAACGUGGAGUCUGCUACGAACGCUAUUGAAGAAAUCAAUGGGUUCGAGCUGUUUGAGAAGCCGAUGGUGUUGGAUUAUGCGAAGACGAGGAGUGAUGCGACGGUUUUGAGAGAGGGUGGUGGUGAGGAGUUAGAGGCACAUAAGAGGAGGAGGUUGGCUGAGAAGGAGCGCAAACAAGCUCACGAAGCUCUCGAAACCCAGAAGAAACUUAAGCGUCCCGCCGGUGCUGCCCCCGAUACCGCCCGUCCCGCCAAAACGACCAAAGGCGCCGGUCUCAAGCCGACAAGCGGUGCAGCAGCAACGGUCAUCCCAGACGAAUACCUCCCUCCGAACAAGAUUCUCUUCUUGCGGGACCUCCCCGACAACAUCGACCAGGAUACGCUUACGAGUGUGUUUGGGCGUUUUGAGGGAUUUACGGAGGCCAGAUUGGUACCUGGACGGAAGGGAAUUGCUUUCGUUGAGUACGAGAACGAGUCUGGGGCUAUUAGUGCUAAGGAGGCUACGUCGGGAAUGCCUAUGGGAGAUGGAAAACCUAUUCGGGUCACGUACCAGAGACAGUGA